GCUGCUCGCCUUGCCUUGCCUCUUCGUAACUCUCCCCAUUCUCUGACACUUUCGAGUGUCUUCUUCAAAUAAGUUCAUACUUCAUAGUCCAUCGUACGCCUGCGUGAGUUCAUGUCCGGUCUCUUUUCUAUACUGAGAGAGAGAGAGAGAGAGAGAGGAUCUAGAUGGGUGUGCCGGCGUUCUAUCGGUGGUUGAUCCAGAAGUAUCCAAAAGCUCUAGUCGAAGCCACUGAGGAGACAGGAGUUAGCAUAGAUACAGCCUCGCCAAACCCAAAUGGCAUUGAGUUUGAUCAUCUUUACCUCGAUAUGAAUGGAAUAAUCCAUCCUUGCUUCCACCCAGAGGAUCAUCCUUGCCCUCCGAAAACAUUUGAAGAUGUAUUCAAUAACAUCUUUUUAUACAUCGAUCACCUUUUCAGCAUUGUUAGACCCCGGAAGUUACUUUAUAUGGCCAUCGAUGGAGUAGCCCCUCGGGCCAAAAUGAAUCAACAACGAUCUAGACUUUUUCGGACUGCGAAGGACAGAGAAAUUGCCGAAGCAGAGGAAGAUAGACUGAGAAUACAGUUUAAAAUGGAUGGAAAACCUGUUCUUCCAAAACACGAAUGUGAAGUUGAAGAUUCAAAUGUAAUUACUCCAGGAACAGAAUUUAUGUACAAAUUGUCAGAGGCCUUAAGAAGCUAUAUUAGUUCACGUAUAAACAAUGAUCCAGGCUGGAAGGACAUCAAGGUAAUACUUUCGGACGCUAAUGUUCCUGGUGAGGGUGAACACAAAAUCAUGUCUUUUGUACGCCAACAGCGAAGGGUUGCCGGGUAUAAUCCAGAUACUAGGCACUGCAUUUAUGGUCUGGAUGCGGAUUUGAUAAUGCUUGCUUUAGCAACGCAUGAAGUUCACUUUUCUAUUCUGAGAGAGAUUGGGCAGCAACCGGUCCAUGAAUCUUCUAAUAUGGCAAAUACAAGUGUGCUUUGGGUUAAAAAGCCUUAUCAAUUUCUACAUAUAUGGAUAUUCAGAGAGUAUUUGGAGCUUGACAUGAAAAUAUCUGAUGAUUCUGAUCCUCCUGGGAAUCUAACAAUUGAUCUUGAGCGGAUAGUUGAUGAUUUCAUACUUAUGUGCUUACUCGUGGGAAAUGAUUUCCUACCACACAUGCCUUCAUUAGAAAUUCAUGAGGGAGCUCUUGAUUUAUUGAUGGCUGUUUACAAGAAAGAGUUCAAGAACCUUGGUGGCUAUCUUGUUGACAUGAGUCGGCUUGCUGAAGAUAAAGGAACAGGUUAUGUAAAACUCUCUCGUGUUGAGAAGUUCAUUCUUUUAGUUGGCUUGUAUGAAGAGAGAAUUUUCAAGAAAAGAUCAGAAUUGCGAGAGCGUCAACUGAAAAGGCUUUGCAAUUAUGCCAAUAAUCAAGAUGACUAUAAUGGAGGCCGUAUUAUGGAGAUUGGUACAAAGAAUAGCUCUUGCGUCUUUUUCAGCGAGAAAGCUCCAGCUUUUAGAGAUUCAGCAAUGGUAUCAGAAGAAAAUGUUUCAUUUCCAUUGGUGUCUGACGAUGCUGGUUCUUCUGAAAUUGUUGGAAAUACAAAAGAGUUGAAUGAAAUAUUAAAAUCAAAUCUCCGCAAGCACAAUGACCUAUAUAUGAAGGGAAGUUGUACUGACAAAGUGAGGUUUGGGAAUGCUGGCUGGAAACAAAGAUACUACAAAGAAAAAUUUUCUGCGGAAAGCUCUAUGGAUAUUGAAAACUGGAGGAGAGAAUUAGUUGCAAAUUACACUAAAGGAAUAUUGUGGGUUCUUGUGUAUUAUUAUUCAGGAGUUCCAUCUUGGACAUGGUUUUAUCCAUACCACUAUGCACCAUUUGCUUCAGAUAUGAAAGGACUUGCUCAAGUAAGAGUGAGGUUUGAAAAGGAUUCUCCAUUCAAACCAUUUGAUCAGCUGUUAGCUGUCCUUCCUCCGAGGAGCGCUCAUGCAGUUCCUAAAGUAUAUCAGACUCUUAUGACAGAUGAGCAGUCAAGUAUGAUUGAUUUGUAUCCUUCUGAUUUUGACAUCGAUACAGAUGGAAAACGUUUUCAAUGGCAGGGAUUAUGCAAGCUUCCAUUUAUAGAGGUGGGACGCCUUCUAUCUGAAACCAAAGAAUUAGAGAAGAAUUUGUCGGAGGCUGAAUCAGAGAGGAACAGAAACAGCAUUGAUCAGUUAUAUCUUGGUAGGACGCACAAGCUGGCUUCUCAGAUAUUUUCACUCCGUCCAAAUCCAAAUGAAAUGGUCAAUAUAGAUACCAGUUUGAGUGACGGGAUUGUUGGAUUUAUAUGUCUAUGUAAUCAGUAUACCAACAUAGAAGACCAUGGUAUCUUAUGUGUGUGUUUUGAGAUGAUUGGUGGAUUUAUGCAUAUUCCUUGUUUACUUCCUGGUGUUAAUGUACCAGAUAAGACAAUUACUGAAUCUGAUAUCAUGGAUGCACAACUCUGGCAUGAAGUCCAGGUUAACAGACCGACCAAUAGGAACUGAAUGAGAAGUACGUUUCAGGAAAGAUAUGGCCCAUGGGGAAGAGCAUGGAAGUCUAGGCAUGUGAGUUUAAAUGUAUGAGGCCUUUUAUUGUAAAAAUUAAUGUUUUCCGCUGUAAACCUCUUUUAUUCUCAAAGUACAUUUUGUUUUAUAACGUAAAGUCUUGCACCCUGGGUAUGGAAGUAAAAAGUUUUAAAUCGAACGGUAAUUCUCGUUGUCUUUUCAAAAAUCGUUUUGUAAAAAGUUCUACCACAAGGACGGGCGUUACACGCCGCCAUACCCAUGUGCCAUCCCACGCCACCAGAACUCACCCACCCCCGUUUCGGCCUCUCUAUUUGUCCCCAAGCUCACCAACCCUCGUUUUCGUGUCUCUCUAUUUUUCCCACCACAACGUCCUCUCUUCGCUUUUCUUCAACUCUCUCGCCUCACUCUCCCGUCCCUCAUUCCCACUCUCCGUCGCAAACAACCUAGCCGCAGCCUACCAGUAAUACCACGCACAAACCCUCGGCCUCACCUCACCCUCUUUGUUUUCGAUUCCCAUGGUAAGUUGUUUUUGUGUUUUUAAAAUUACUUUGAAAUCUCAA